CGCUGGGGUCGCUGUUGGGCAGAGCGGGGUGGCGCUUGCCUAGAGGCUCCCCCUCCUUCCCAGGGCAGGAUCGCACAUCCCAAGGAGAGCGAGAAAGAAAGAGAGAGAGGAGUCAUUCCAUACGCGCUGCCGGGACACACACAGAGUGAGAGAGAGAGAGAGAGCGAGGGGACAGCGCACACUGAUACGAUGGACAAGUUACUGGCUGCCCUGUGCUUGCUGGGAAUGUGCUGCUCGCUGGCUGUAACGGAUGUGAGCGUGAGAUCCUCACCGUUGGAUCUAGAAGCAUCAGGAGACGAUGAGGACUUCUCUGGCUCAGGAAUUGAUGAUCUAGAUGUAGACCAUGUAGUUCCUUCUACAUCUGCGUUGCCUUCUGUGUUGUCUGCUGUGCCCAAUUUUGUGCAAGAAAAUACAUCACCAAAUGCCAAGGUAGAUGAAAAGGAUACUGCAGCAGAGCAUACCACCAGAGUAGUGGAGACAACUAAGCCAAGUGAAGAUCCUGUUGAGGAAUUGGUUGAACCUGUUUUUGUUGGUGUAGGACAUGAUGCUGAAUCAACUUCUCCUGAAGCAACCACACACAAACCUACUACUCACCGUCCAACCACUGUGAAAUCCACAGCUGGCCCAAUGGAAAGUAUCACAGAACAAAACCAUCACCCUCAUCAUCAUCACCACCAUCAUCAUCAUCACCACCAAAAUCAUACAACCACAGCUAAACCAACUUCUGCCACUGAUCAACAUGUAGAUAACUCUGAUAGUCCAUCGGGUGAGGAUAAGUCUUACAUUCACCACAAAGUAACAACUACAAGUCCAAUAGACAAUGAGGAACCUGAUCUGCAUGAGGCUGACCAUAGGUUGACCACCAUAAAACCAAGGAACACGGAGGAACUAAUUAAUCAUCACGUUCCUGAUCAAGACUCUCCAUCUGGAUCGUCUAGUACACCUUAUAUGGAAUUUGAGGAGACAACUGAAGAUCCUUCCGGUGCUCGAGUACAUAAUGUGCUUAUUGGGCAUGAUGAAAAGACAACUACAAAACCUUCUGAAAAUGAGGAGGGUGAUGGUAUGUUUGCAGGUCAUCAUGAGAAGCCCACAACCACAAGUCCAUCUAAUGAGGAAGGUUCCCAUAUCCAGCAUGAUACAACAACUUCCAGUCCAUCCCACCAUGCUGAGCCUGAUGUAGAAGUGCAUCACAGUACAACACCUGCAGAUAUGAAUAAACAUCAUCAUCACCAUCACCACCAUCCUCAUCAUCAUACUACUCCAGAAGCAAUCACUUCGGUUGAUGAAGAAAUACCUCAUCAUGUAGGUGACAGUACAACACCUUCAGACCUGAAUAAACAUCACCACCACCACCAUCCUCAUCAUCAUACAACUUCAGAAACAACCACGUCGGUUGAUGAAGUACCUCAUCAUGUAGAUGACAGUACAACACCAUCAGACCUGAAUAAACAUCACCACCACCACCAUCCUCAUCAUCAUACAACUCCAGAAACCACCAAAACUACUACAAGCCAGACCAAGCACUCAGCUGAAGUUUCCACUGUUGUGCAUAAGGGAAGGAUGGCCCAUGGUGCUUCAGCAACUAGUGCUGUUCCUGCAUUGGAUGAUCUAGUAGACUUGACAACCUCCGUUGUUCUAGAAGAGGGUGAUUCUGACCCCGCUGACUCUAAAGAAGAUGAAUCAUCAGGGGAAAAGGAAGAGGAUAAUUUCUUUUUCGUUAAUCGUGAAGUUAUCCAAAAGGGGACCGCGCCCCCGAUCCACAGGAUGAUAAAUAAUGACGUUUCUGAUAAUGAAAGCACUUCCGAUGCAUCCCAUGGAAUAAUGGAGAGGAAAGAAGUUUUAGCAGGAAUCAUUGCAGGAGGUGUGGCCGGCUUGGCGUUCGCAGUCUUCUUAGUUGGGUUUAUGCUCUAUAGGAUGAAGAAAAAAGACGAAGGAAGCUACUCUUUGGAGGAACCAAAACAAUCGAACGGAGGAUACCAAAAGCCACGUGCACAACGGGAAUUCUACGCGUAGGGAGCCAUGUAGAUGUGAUUCGAUGGAUUUGAGAUCCACAGCUUCUUUUUGAUUUUGUUCUCUCCACAGUGUCCACCCUGCUGUGGCUUUUGUUCUUUCAGAAUUUCAAGCUUGAAUGUUUUUUUUUUUAAGUUCUAUUCUCCAAUUCUCCGUGGAGCCAACAUGUUAAUUGUAGGGAAGACCUCUUGUUUCUUGCCUUGGUUUUCCUAAUCAGAUGAGACUGGCUGAACUUUGAACUUGAAGAUGUGGCGUGUAUUACAAGAAGAAAGCAUACACACAACAGAAGAUCUUCUACCAGGCUUUUUUGGCCAUGCCAUACAUAUGUAUAUAUUAGGAUUUUUUUUUUUGUGUGUUUUCAGAAGACGGUAUGAUGGUACAUGUAAAAUUCACAUGCUCCUUCUUCAUUGAUAGCACUUACGCUGCAAAAAUUCACGCAGGUGUAGAAAGGAACAAUUCAGCCGUACAUUUGAGUAGUCAAGCGUUUGGCACAUGGGCUCUAUCAAUUCCAUCAACUGCUCACUGAACCCUUAUUUACUUUGUUGUUGUUUUUGUUUUGUUUUUUUUUAAAUAGAAUAUAUGCAUAAUUCUAAAUGACUGAUGUUCUAACAGCUGAAUGUGCGCCUGUAGUUAUUGGUCACUUGCAAAAACUUGACUUGUCCGUCCUCUUAUUGCACUAUUCAUUCCUUGAGCCUCUUGGUUCCAACUUCGUUGUCUCUUCUGCUUUUCUCCAAACGAUUUUGUCGCUGCUGUCCCGCUUCACCGUACUUUAUCCAAGCAUAGGAAUGUUCCGACGCCCAUCGGAUUCCAACCCAUUAUUGCUUUCUUUAUACGGUAAUCUAAGGUGAAAAGUGCCAACUUAGACUUUAUUUAAAAUAUUUCUUAAGAGAUAGGUUAAGUUUGCAUAUAAAAUCUAUUUUAUAGACAUUUUGUUCGGUUUACCCCCGUGUCUAGUGGGAGUUAAACCUUAAUUUUUCCAUCAUUGUUUUAUGUACUAAACAUGCAAACCUAUUCUCCACCUGAUUUCACUUUCUUUUGUUGUAAUCCAACCCUGUUCUAGUGCCACCAAAAAUAGAUAUUGUAAUAAUUUUACAUUUUUAUUUAGGUCAUGGAUGCAUGUGAUUAUGGAAUGAAAAAAAUUGGGAGUUUUUUUUUGUAAUUGUUUUUAUCUGAAUUUUUUCCUAUCCGUCUACAAGUUGCCAGUUUUGGCAUGUAGAUUGACGUCAUAUGGUUUUUUUGUGUUUUAUUUUUUUAAUUCAAAAUGUUUCUGGUUUUGUUAGACUGAUGUCGUUUUUUUUUAUUCUUUCCCCUUACCUGUCUUUGUUUUUCAGUAUUUUUUUUCAGUCUGCAAGUUGUUAGCAUGAUGAUAUAGGGGUUUUUUUUUUUUUAAAGACUUCUUUACCUACCAGUCUUCAAAUUGCCUAUUUUUUUGGCAUGUAGAUUGAUCGUUUUUUUUUUUUCCUUUUUAAUUUUUUCAGUCUACAAGUUGCCUAUUUUGUUGGUAUGACGUCAAUGGGGUUUUUUCCCUACUAGUCUCUCUUUUCGGCAUGUGGAUUGGUCACAAGGUUUGUUUUUUGUUUUUUUAAAUACUCUUUCCAAUAAGUCUACAAGUUGCCAUUUUUUGGCAUGUUGAUCGAUGUAGGUUUUUUUUGUUUUUUCUAGUCUUCUAGUGUCUUCUAGUUGCCAGUUGUUGCCAUCUACAUUAAUAUCAUAGGGUUUUAAUUCUACAAUCUGCAACGUUAAUUCUGCAAGAAUACCUACAAUAUUUUCUUGGCAAGAACAGACAAUGAUGGCACCAGAUUUCCAUUUUGUGUGAUUGGUUAUGGAGCCCUGGGCUAUCCUGUCCAUUGCAGGUUAAGAUGAAUGUUAACUGGUUUCAGUAGAAUCCAGAGCAAAGAGAAUAGUGUUGAUAAAAGCCCUAAGAACAGGAUGGGGAGUUUUUUUUUGUCUGUAUAUAGAUAUGUCAGAAAUGAACAUCCCUGUAUUAUCACCCCCCUGGAUAAAAUAUCUCUCCUUGGUGGCCGUGUUCCUAGCAAAGGGCUAAAAACUCAGGGAUGAGUGGUGGAAAGCUAAAAAGGCAAUAAACAGGAUUUCUUUGUAUAUCUCGUUCAAUAAAAACCCAAUAAACAUGGUUUGCCUUUUUUUAUGUUUGUUCCAAAUGAAGCUCCGAUUUCUGCCCAAUUCUGUACAAGAGAGCCGCUUAUUUUUGAUACUCGUUAAUUGUUGUAAACGUUUCUGUAAUAAGAUGUUCAGUGCCGUGAUGGUCUCGCUUUGGAGCUCCGGUGAUUGGCGUGGAGCCCCAGACGUUGCCUAUCCACGGUUUAGUGUAUUCAUUUUGUUUGUCUCUUGCUAAAACAUAAAAUGCCUGUAAAAAGAGUAGGGAUGCACCGAAUACACUAUUCUGGAUUCGACAGAACCCCCGAAUCCUUCGCGAAAGAUUCAGCCGAAUACCGAAUCCGAAUUUACAUAUGCAAAUUAGGGGUGGGAAGGGAAAACAUCUUUAACUUCCUUCUUUUGUGACAAAAAGUCACUCAAUUACCCUCCCUGCCCUUAAUUUGAAUAUCUAAGUUCGGAUUCGGCUCAGAUGGGCAGAAGGAUUCAUCCGAAUCCUGGUGAAAAAGGCCGAAUCCCGACCGAAUCCUGGAUUCGGUGCAUCCUUAAAAAAGAGCCGUGCGUUUAGAGUACCAGGUUUGUAGAGCAUAUUCCUCUUUAUUUGACUGCCAUGUUGACUGAUCAGAAAUACUAAUUUCUUUGUUGCCGAACACAAAGUCGACUUUCUGUGCAUUCCGAACGCAGCACGUUUCUAAGCCCUUCUUUCCGGCAGGAAUUUGUUGACAUUACUUAUUUGUAAUGCAUUUUAAAGGUAAAGAUUCAAUAAAAUUAACUUUGGAGACA